GAAUGACUCAAAAUGGCCAAUGAGCGCAACCUUUAAAUACUGCAUUUGCUCUUCACUUUAGGACAUUUGGAAUCGUAAAAGAACAUGUGGGUACAGAUCAUUUUGGGAAUAAAUACUAUUCCAUACCAGAACAGAGGACAUGGAUGGAUAUGCAGACCUGGAUAAAUAAGCGCUUCUUUUGGAGGUGCCAUUUCGGGACGCUGACUACCAACGUGGCACACACGAGUACCCAUGAAGAGAAGACAGGGAAUUCACCGCACUCUUCAUUUUGUAAUGGCUCCUGGGCGAACAGUUCGGGCAAGGAGGAUGGUGGAGCCUUCCAAGCUGGUAGAAUCUGAGUAUACGGAAGGAAGCAUCCCCUCCGAAUGGGACGCUUGGAUUCGAGGGAGGAGGAAGGAUCCACCCACAAUUGAGGCCGAGCAGGAGCUGGAGAGGAACCAACUCUACAGGGAGCAGAUCAAGCAAAAAGCCCGUGAAGUGGAGGACAGGGACUCCACCCUGCAAGCCCAGGAGCAUGCAGAGGGUCUGGUGGCACGUCCUAUGCAGACGCUCAUCGAAGGACACGCUUCUGCCAAACACUUCCGUCAGACCAGACCGAGCGAAGAUCCUAUCAGCACUGGCAACACCUUCGAACCCGGGUCCUGGGCACCCAACAAGGGAACCACAUCAAAAAAAUAAAUGCUAUAAGAAUGGUUGUAAA